AUGUCCCAACCCGUCAAAGUCAAGGUCUCCCUCCCCAUCCUCGCCUCCCACAUCGACCACUCCCUCCUCCAUCCAACCCUCACAGACGCCCAAAUCACAAACGGCCUGCACCUCUCAAAAAAGUACUCCGUAGCAAGCGCCUGCGUAAAACCCUCCUCCGUCCCCCUCGCCGCCAAGAUCCUCGCCUCCUCCCCCGUCAAAGUAUGCUCCGUGGUCGGUUUCCCGCACGGCAGCUCCAGCUCCGCCACGAAAAUCGCCGAGACAAUCGAGGCUCUUGACGCCGGCGCCACAGAGAUAGACAUGGUAGUCAACAUAGGCAAGGUCCUCGGCGGGGAGUGGCACUACGUCGAGCACGAGGUGAAUGCCAUAAAUCGCAUCGUCACCACGCGCGGCGGGCUACUAAAGGUGAUUUUUGAGAAUGACUAUCUCGAGGAGGAGCAUAUUCGGAAACUAUGCGAGAUUUGUACGGAAUUAGGUGUGGGGUUUGUAAAGACGAGUACGGGGUAUGGGUUUGUGAAGCAGGAGAAUGGGAUGUAUAGCUACAAGGGGGCGACGGUGCCGCAUUUGAAGCUUAUGAGGGAGAGUGCUGGGCCGGAUGUGCAGAUCAAGGCGGCGGGGGGUGUGAGGACGCUGGAUGAUUUCUUGUAUGUUAUGAGUUUGGGGGUGACGAGGGUUGGGGCGAGUGCCACGGAGGCGAUCAUGGAGGAGGCGAGGAGUAGAGGCAUUGGCGAUGAGGAGAUUGAGGUUGAGGUGAAGCAGAUUGAUGGCACGAGUGGCGGUUCAUACUGA